AUGGGCUGCAGAUUGAAGGAAAAUGAUGAUGAUAGAAGGUUGCUUGAGAGGGGAGAAAUGUCUCGAGUUUUGAAGAGAUUUAUGGAUUCAGAAUGUGAAGAAGUGCGAGAAAUGAGGAGAAAGGCGCAGGAAAUCAGGGAGAUUAGUCAAGCAGCUAUUUCUGAAUUUGGAUCUUCGGGACGUGAGAUUGAGGCAUUCAUCCAGGACUUGGAGAAUAAGAUUGGCUUUUGA